AUGUCUGAACGAGGUUCCGAGAAGACACAAGGCAACAGUGCUGAAGAUGAGGAAACAUAUUACGGGAACCUGGAUCAGCUCCGAGAUUUGAUCGAUGCUCCCAACAAUGCUGCCAAAGAGCAGCCGGUGGAGUUUUCUGAUCAGGAGAUGAUCGACGACGAGCUUGUAGAUAUCGAAAAGACUUACAGUCCGCAUAGUUCUGAAGGUGAAGAAGCUCAAGGUAACAUGGAAGAAAAUCUACUUGCUGAGUUUUCUGAUUAUGGUGAAUUCUCCGAUGACGAAUACGACGAGCAGGACUUUAUGGAUGCCAUUAGAGAAGCAAAUAACUUCAAAGUCAAGCGAAAGAAUAAAGCAAAAAGUAAGGCUUCAGGUAGCGCAAAAGCGCCAGGUAGACCACGUAGGGAAAGAAGUUUGGACCCUGAAGUGGCCCAACUGUUAUCUGAAGCCAACGAGGCCUUUGUAAGAAACGAUACUCUGGUUGCUGAGCAGCUGUACAAUCAGGUCAUCAAAAAAGAUGCCAAGAACUUUGCAGCAUACAAAACUCUUGGUGAUAUCUACCAGUUACAGGGUCGUUUCAAUGACUGUUGCAACUCGUGGUUUCUUGCAGCACACUUAAACCCGUCAGACUGGGGUUUUUGGAAAGUGGUUGCCACCCUCUCAUCAGACUUAGGCCAUGUUCGGCAAGCUAUCUAUUGUUACACGAGGGCCCUUAGAAUGAAUAGUGAAGAAUGGGACUGUGUGUACGGGAGGGCAGUACUUUACAAAAACACAGGGCAGCUAGGUAGAGCCCUUGAGGGCUUGCAGAGAAUGCAUAAUCGGUUUCCCACCGACGGUAACUACUUGAGGGAGCUGGCAGUUCUUUACGUGGACUACAAUCGAACCAACGAAGCGAUUAACCUGUAUAUGAAAGUGUUUGACGCUAACGUGGAGAAACGGAAAGCUGUAAUCGCUGCUUCAGAGGACGCUGUGGAAUCUUCAGAAGAAAGCGAUGAUAGUGACGACGAUCAAGAAGAUCUGGAGAUUGACCAGGAGAGUGAAAAUUUCAAAAGAUAUCCCAACAUCAAGUGGAAGAAAAUCAAUAGAAAAUACCGCUGCAUAGAUUUUGACUGGUCGUCACUUAACAUCUUGGCAGAGCUGUUUUUGAAACAAUUGGGUGAAAACUCUGGUGUAAAAACCAUUAAAAGGUGCGCGAGAUGGAUUCAAGGAAGAGAAAACCAAACAUUUUGGGAUACUGUCAGUGAUGAUUCUGAAUUUGACGAAAGAAGGUUAAAAAACAGCAAAUUCGAAUCCCUACCAGAAGCUGAAAAGGAGAAGGCGUACAUUCUUCCUAUCGAUAUUAGAGUACGACUUGGCCUUCUGAGGCUGUUUAACAAGAAUGUUCUGGAAGCAGUCAACCAUUUCCAGGCGCUCUACGACGAAAGUUUCGUAGAUAUCACAGAUCUCUAUUUAGAAGUGGCUUGUGCGUUGACGAAGGCUGAGAGGUAUCCUGAAGCUAUUGAGUUUUUCACCCCCCUGUUACACGUCAAUGACUUUCAUACUAUAGAGGUCUAUAAGCCCCUCAGUAGGUGCUACAGGGAAGUGGAGGAUUAUGAAAACGCCAAGCUAAUUUUUGAAAAGCUUGUUGAAAUGAAACCUAAUGAUCUUGAGACGAAGUUGACGUUAGCUGAGAUUCAUUACCAUUUGGAUGAUCAGGAUACCUUCAACGCCCUUUUGCUAGAAGUCUUGGAGGCUAGGAAAAGACAGGAUACAGAAGCUCAAAAGAUUUUGUCAUCUGUAGAAGACGAGACAGAUCAGCAUUAUGCAACUCAAGAAGCUACAACAUCUGGAAAGCCUCUUUUGGAGGACCUUCACAUAAAGAAACCUGCUACAAAGAAAAAAAGAACACCACAGGAUACAGAGCGUGAGAGACGAGACCGCGAGAAGCGUAUCACGACAAAAGUUUUGGACAAGUAUAACCAACUCAAGAUAUAUCAAGAGGGUAUGGAAAAAGGCAAUGAAUACCAAACUACGCUAUGGAUUGAUACAGCGUCGGACCUUAUCGAUGUCUUCUCGAGCGUAAAGAAUUUUUUUGUCAAAAGCCGCUCUAAAAAAUUCGUUGGGAUUAUCAAGAGGACUCGCAAAUUUAACAAGGUUAUUGAUUACAAGAUCAAGCGUCUUUCAAAGCUUUCCGAAGGAGACAAUCUUUUGGACGGGCUACCACUUUUGGAGGAGCGUGUAUUCCUGACUUCUUCUACCGAAUUGCGAGGACUCACUUAUCAACAAUGGUUUGAAUUAUUCAUGAAACUAUCGCUUGUGAUUUCAAAGUUGCAAAGUGCGAUGGAUGGACUCAGUAUCAUCGAAACAGCACAGGAGGUAAAUGUUUUCGUUCAAGAUCCUUCGAGAGCGAAAAUGAUGAAAUUUGUUAGACUGGCCAUAGUAUUGCAAAUGGGGGACGAAGAAGAAUUGGUGGAAAGUUUGCGCAGUGUUUUGAAUCAAUUCCAGUUUAAUCGCAAAGUGUUACAAAACUUCAUGUUUUGCGUGGCGCAUGGUCGAAUGGGCUCCAACAUACUGAGUUCCACCGUGCAACAAAAAUUCUUUCUGCGACAGCUGAAAGCCUUUGACAGCAUACGAUAUGAACAACCCGUUGCCGGACAGGCGUCUGUUACCAAUAAAAAAGUCGAUAAUCCGGACAAACGCAAAUCUCCAUACUUGCACUACAUCUAUGCCAUGUUACUGUAUUCGAGCAAAGGGUUUCUUCUUGCUCUGCAAUAUCUCAAUCGUUUGCAGCCUGAGCUCCAGUUCGAUCCGAUGGUUAAUUUGAUGAUGGGCUUGGCACAUCUCCAUCGCUCCAUGCAGAGACUUACCGCAGCACGACAUAUCCAAAUACUGCAUGGCUUUCGCUUCCUGUAUCGAUAUCAUGAAAUUAGGUCCACGAAGUACUCAGCAAUCGAAAGGCAAGAAGCAGACUACAAUAUCGGCCGUGCGUUCCACCUUCUUGGCUUAUUUUCCAUUGCUGUUAGAUACUACGACAAGGUACUGGGCGACUACGACGACAUAAAAUUGAAACGACACGCUGCCUAUAACUGUGUCUUGAUAUACAGCGAAAGUGGGAAUACAGAAUUGGCAAAUAGCUUGAUGGAACAGUAUCUAUCUGUAUAA